AUGGAGGGGACUGCGGAGUCCCAGACGCCUGACCUGCGAGACGUGGAGGGCAAGGUGGGCAGGAAGACCCCUGAAGGGCUGCUCCGCGGGCUGCGAGGCGAGUGGGAGCCGGGAACCUCUGGCGCCCUGCUGCUCCCGGGGGCGCCUAGCACGGGCCACAGCCUGGGGGACAAGAUCAUGGCGCUGAGGAUGGAGCUGGCUUACCUGCGAGCCGUCGACGUGAAGAUCCUACAGCAGCUGGUGACCUUGAACGAGGGCAUUGAGGCAGUGCGCUGGCUGUUGGAGGAGCGGGGGACGUGGACCAGCCACUGCAGCAGCCUCACCAGCAGCCAAUAUAGCCUGACAGGCGGGAGCCCAGGCCGUUCAAGGCGAGGCAGCUGGGACAGCCUGCCAGACACCAGCUCCACUGACCGGCUGGACAGUGUCUCCAUUGGCAGCUUCCUGGACACAGUGGCCCCCAGCGAGCUGGAUGAACAGGGCCCCCCCGGGGCUCCCCGUCCUGAGAUGGACUGGGCAAAGGCUAUACCCUGUGGGGAGAGGGCCAGGACUGAGGUGGACCUGACAGCCACCAGGCUAGGAAGCUUGAGGGCUGUGUGGAAGCCCCCAGGGGAGGGGCUCCAAGGUGGACCUCCUGAGCCACCAGAGGAUGAGAGUACCAAGCUGGGCUUUGAGACCCACUGGUACUGGGGCCAGUGCCAGGAUGAUGUGACCUUCCUGUAA